GAGACGUUUAAAAGGCUACGUGAGACUCCAGCCCGCAAGGAACAGCCGGGUGUGACGCGUGUCACCCGCGAAGACUCGGCCGGCACAUCCUCGUUGCGUGGACCGGCCAGAGCAGCACAUCUGCGACAAGAGCUGGGGUUUUACAAAAGAGACAAACUUUUCUACUUCUAGAUUUUUCCAGUUUUUUUCUAAUAAAUCAAAACAUCUCAAAAUGGAGGCCUAAAACUCUCAAAAGGGACUUAGUCUAAUCUCCGGGAGGUAGUUUUGUGCAUGAAUAAACAAAGUAGUUCACUGUAAUUUUUGGUAUCCAAAGAAUGUUAAUUUAAAAAAUAUGAUCUAGUUGUAAGAGCUAUUAACUAUAAAGCAAUACUUAGUUUGAUUCUGAAUUUGACUUGUGGAUGUAAAGAAGUGAUUGUAGCUGGCACAUACUGUUCAAGUACUCUUUUCAAAGUUGGCCAGGUAGUCUCCCACUGGCUGCUGUAUGGAACAGAAAGAAGUACCUGUGUUUGGUAAAGAUUUAAAAAUGAGUGACAGUUAUCUAGAACAAAGAGCUAAUAUUCAGCCCUCUGCUAAAUUAGAGAAAUACGCGUAUAAAACCUUUGCUAUGUUAAAAGUUUCUGCAAUGACAAAGAAAUGUCAAGAACAAAACUUUUUGAUAGAUGCAACAAAUUUAGAGAAAGUUUGAAAGAUGAAUGUGAUGGUUGGUAAAGAAAUUAACCGCUUAUAAGACUAUUGAUACUUUAAAAGUUAAAAAUUUACCUUGUUCAGAUGGGCUAUUAUCUCUGAGGAUAAUAGAAUGAGAAUGAUGGCUGGGUGGUUACAUUUUGGUAAAUGAACAAACUUACUCAGAAAGAAAAUUCACACAGAGACAGUAAUAAACACCAAGAAUGUUUUUCUAACAAUGUGUAAAAUUUUUGACUAAUGAAGGGAAAACUGAAGUUAGUUAGACACAAUAACUCACCUCUGAGGGAAAUAAUCACUGGUAUUGAGGUACGUUUCUCUUGCCACCUGGAAAUAAAGCAUUCACAUCUGCAGUAGAGAGCCCCGCCAUGUGUGGUACCCAGGAAACAUGCUUGCAAAUCACUUGCAGAAAAACCAUGAUGACUUGUUUAUUGGUCAUUGCUGAUAUUGAUGUAGCACCUACUUACCAAGAGCUAGUCAGUAGUUGAGAAACUCUGAAUUUUGCAGUCUCUGCUGUUCAGAAGUAGUGGAUUGUGACAAAGUGAAAUUAUUAUUGUGUUUUGUCAUGAUGAAUUCUGGCUCAAGAUAUGCUAUCUGUGAAAUAAUUUCUGACCAAGGCCAAUUUUUUUUAUCCGUUUUUUUUUUUUUGAUUACCUGUCUUAGCUUGCAGACUCAGCAUUGUGACAUUUGACUGUUUUUAAAAAUAAAUCCACUAUCAGGAGAUUUGAUGUUAGUUCUCAACGGGAUGAAGCUGAACCUAAAAGACCAAGUGAGCAAAUAUAUUCAUCUCUGAUUAUUUAUUUGAAGUGUAAUGUUUAAUUUGCUAAAAUCUAAUGGUAUCACUGUGACUAAGCAGUCAGGUACCUGACUAUCUAUGUGAAGUAAUUAUUAUUUCUAAAUCUUGAAACUAGGUCUUGAGAUAGAUUAGCCAAUUCUGAUACUAAUUAAGAUCAUUAUUUGGAAGAAAAUUUUACCUUGUUUUGUUCUUCCUAUUAAAGUGAUUGUAGGAAGGAAAAUUACUUAAUUUGAGCAAGAUUUAGGAUAUACUAUAUUUCAUUGAAUCUAAGAUGUCAUCAUUUGUAAAAAAUCAUAUUUUAUGUACCCAUAAAAAAUAAAAAUGCUGUUAAUUAAAGUAUGACAUGCCAUUAACUGUAAGAUAACCUCUCCAUAACAGAGAUACUAAAACAUGCACCUUAAAAUCAGUGAAAUAUAGUAAUCCAUUCUUUUCCUCUUUUGAGGUAGGUCUAAUUUUUUUUAUGGCUCCCAAAUUUCAUAAUUUUUUAAAAAGCAAACAUGGUUUGAAUAGUUUUGUGUGCAUAGAACACUUACACAGUAUAGCUUUCUGCCAAAACAAACUAGCUGCCUGAGACAUUUUAUCUUCAGGCUGACUGAAUGUCACUGAAGCAUACCAGUGGAGAGAGUGGCCCGCCUGUGGAAAUGCAAGACACCAAACAGCAUCUUGAUCACCUAAAGCACUCUACACUUUUAUGAAGGGUUUUUAUUUUUAUCACUAGGUACUGUGAGGCAUCUUGUUUACAUUGUACAGUAGAAAAAGUAUAAAGUGUAUACAAAGGUGCAGGUUGUACAUAAUUGUCCCUUAAAAUGUAUCAGUAUAUAGAAAUUAGAAUCUUGCCAUGCCCAAGCCCUAAAUGCAAAGAAGAAAACAGAAUGAAAGAUUUCCCGUUCUAAGUGUUCAACCUAGUACUAAAAUUAGUAAAAAUCAAAAGCCAUGCACAAAACUACCUCCCCAGAGAAAGGCUAGUCCCUUUUCCCCUGCAUCCACUUUAUUAUGAACAUAGAGAAAAAUAGUGUAUUCUUAUCAGAUUUAAUGAAAAGUACCAACAUGUUUGAACUGAAGUAUGACUUUUCAUGUGAACUCUACCGAAUGUCUACAUAUUCAGCUUUCCCUGCUGGAGUUCCUGUCUCAGAAAGGAGUCUUGCUCGUGCUGGUUUUUAUUACACUGGUGUGAAUGACAAGGUCAAAUGCUUCUGUUGUGGCCUGAUGCUGGAUAACUGGAAACAAGGAGACAAUCCUAUGGAAAAGCAUAAAAAGUUAUAUCCUAGCUGUAGCUUUGUUCAGAAUCUAAGUUCAGUUAACAUUUCCGGAGCCACUUCUCAGCCUACUUUUCCUUCAGGAACAAAUUCCACACAUUCACUACAUCCAAGUUUGGAAAACAGUGGCUAUUUCAGUGGCUCUUAUUCAAGCUUUCCAUCAAAUCUUGUAAACUCCGGACCAAGUCAAGAUUUUUCUGCCUUGAGGAUAAGUCCCUACCAUUGUGCAAUGAAUACCGAAAAAGACAGAUUACUUACUUUCCAGAUGUGGCCAUUGACCUUUCUGUCGCCAGCAGAUCUGGCAAAAGCAGGCUUUUACUACAUAGGACCUGGAGACAGAGUGGCUUGCUUUGCCUGUGGUGGAAAAUUGAGCAAUUGGGAACCAAAGGAUGAUGCAAUGACAGAACACUUACGACAUUUCCCCAACUGCCCAUUUUUGGGAAAUCAGCUUCAAGACUCUUCAAGAUACACUGUUUCUAACCUGAGCAUGCAGACAUAUGCAGCCCGCUUUAAAACAUUCUGUAACUGGCCCUCUAGUAUUCCAGUUCAUCCUGAACAGCUUGCAAGUGCAGGUUUUUAUUAUAUGGGUCACAGUGAUGAUGUGAAGUGCUUCUGCUGUGAUGGUGGGCUGAGGUGUUGGGAAUCUGGAGAUGAUCCAUGGGUGGAACAUGCCAAGUGGUUUCCGAGGUGUGAGUACUUGAUACGAAUUAAAGGACAGGAGUUCAUCAGUCGCGUUCAAGCCAGUUACCCUCAUCUACUUGAACAGCUAUUGUCUACUUCAGACAAUCCAGAAGAUGAAAAUGCAGAGCCACCAAUUGUUCAUUUUGGACCUGGAGAAAACCAUUCAGAAGAUGCAGUCAUGAUGAAUACACCUGUGGUUAAAGCAGCUUUGGAAAUGGGCUUUAGUAGAAGGCUUGUAAAGCAGACAGUUCAGAGUAAAAUCCUAACAACUGGAGAGAAUUAUAAAACCAUCAGUGAUCUUGUAUUAGAUUUACUUAAUGCAGAAGAUGAAAUAAGGGAAGAGGAGAAAGAAAGAGCAACUGAAGAAAAAGAAUCAGAUGACCUAUCAUUGAUCCGGAAGAACAGAAUGGCACUUUUUCAACACUUGACUUGUGUGCUUCCAAUCCUGGAUAGUCUACUAAUUGCCAGAGUGAUUAGCGAACAAGAACAUGAUGUUAUUAAACAGAAAACACAGACAUCUUUACAAGCAAGAGAACUGAUUGAUAUUAUUUUAGUAAAAGGAAAUUUUGCAGCCACCAUAUUCAAAAACUCUCUACAAGAAAUUGAUCCCAUGUUAUACAAGCAUUUAUUUGUGCAACAAGACAUAAAGUAUAUUCCCACAGAAAAUGUUUCAGAUUUAUCAAUGGAAGAACAAUUGAGGAGACUACAGGAAGAAAGAACAUGCAAAGUGUGUAUGGACAAAGAAGUGUCCAUAGUGUUUAUUCCGUGUGGUCAUCUGGUAGUCUGCAAAGAUUGUGCCCCUUCUCUAAGAAAAUGUCCUAUUUGUAGAGGUACAAUCAAGGGUACAGUUCGUACAUUUCUUUCAUGAAGAUCUAAAACUUUGCCUAAACUUUAGAACUAAUGGAUUAAAUGUAUUAUAAUCUUAACUUUGUUACUGCUUUAGUUUCUUUAAAUUUUUUAUUUAUUUACAACUCAGAAAAUUUUGUUUUAUAUAAAUGUAUUUAUAUAAAUAUAUAUCUAAAACAUGAACAUAUAUAUUUUAUAUCGUAAGGGAAUGAUAGACUUUUGUUCUUGUGAACAAAGAAUAAGGAAAGCACUACAGGCACAAUACUAAAUGAAAAUUAUAGUACUAUUGAUAUUGUAACUGAAGUAAUUUUUUUGAACUGAUCUUUCAGAAUUUUCAGUAUUUUGGAGAAACAUGGAUUCUCUUGCUUUAUCUAUCCCUGUCUUAUACAUAGAAGAUCUUGAUGUUUGUUGAAUGACUUUUUCAGGACAUGAUGUUUUUGUAAAGAAUUGUUAAGCAACAUUUUAAUAAAGCGAUCAAAAUUA